AUGGAACAGCGGUGGAUUUACUAUUUGGCACAAUUGAUUACACUAUUGCUUCUCCCCGCGUACGGUCCACAGUUCGCUCACAGUUCCUCCUCCACCCGAGGGCAUACCCUUUGGUCGGAUGGACCAGCGACGGCCGGAACGAGCGCGGAAAAGUGUUCCUCCAGCGGUAGUCUCAAGUAUCUUUCCGGAGACGCUCUCACAGACAGCCCCAACUGCCUCGGACCCAACAAUGCCCCGUACCCGGCGAACUUAGUGGCACGAACGUUUUCCAACUGGACGCCCGGUGGUUCGUCGCGUCGCGGUCGUAUGAGUCAGUUGCCGACGCUUGAUCCCAAGCUGACGCAACGUGCCCUGUUGCAGGCCUACGGUGAUGCAAAUGAAGCAGCCUCGCUCGAAAGCGCUCGCACGAGAUACAGUCGCUCGCUGGACAGUAGCCAAUGCCGGGAUACGCCGUCACGCCUUUGCAAAACUCGCUACAACACCACCGCACCCAUGUACGGCGUCAGCUUAACUUCCGGCCAGCCAGUCACGAUCGUGCAGAAGUUCCCCGAUCUGCUGCAGCAGGUCGUCUUCGAGGUGUGCGAAUCUUCCGAGUGUGAUGUCGUGCGGGGCGAAUGCACACAAACCUACGUUCCGUACCUGUUUCUGGUGAUCCCGCUCGGUCCGGUAACGCUCACCGGACAGGAUUAUGUGCUGGUGGAGAGUGGAUGCGUCUGCAAGCCGAAGUACGCGACCGAAAAACCGCGUGAGACAGGUGGCAACUUUAUCCCUUAA